AUGCUGCUGUUUGUGUUAAUUGUUGUGCCUGCAUAUGCAUCGGAACAUUCUGGAACCAAAGAAGGAGACAUGGACUCUUCUUGGCCAAAUUUCGAACUACCUGGAGAUUACAUUAUAGGUGCCUUGUUUCAACUUCACAGUGAUGCACGCUAUAAUUCAGACAGGCCUGAAGCCCCAAGAUGCAUAAACAUUUCAGUGAAUGGCUACCGUCACUUGCAAGCAAUGAGCUUUGCUGUGGAAGAGAUCAACAACUCAACUGAACUCCUGCCAAAUGUCACCCUGGGCUAUCAGGCCUUUGACAGCUGUGCCACUUCCUUCAAUAUCAAGGCAGCACUCGAAUUUAUAAUGGGCAAAUCAACACAGGAAUCUGAGCUGUGCCAUGAUUUCAAAGGUUGUCGGCCAGAGUUCUUAGCUGUGCUUGGUCCAUGGUCAUCUGACGACGCCAUUGUUAUUGCAAGCAUUCUUCAGUUGUUUCAUAUUCCACAGAUCAGCUAUGGCGCCUCAAGUGAUGAGCUGAGUAACAAAAUGCACUAUUCAACAUUUUUCCGGACCAUUCCAAGUGAUAUGAAACAAGCGGAGGCAAUGGUUUUAUUGAUCCAAAAGUUUGGCUGGAACUGGAUCGCAGUAAUCGCAAGCGAUGAUCAAUAUGGAAAAAAUGGAAAGCGAAGGGUCGUAGAGUUAGCUUCUGAGAGACAGAUCUGUGUAGCUUUCCAGGGCUUAAUCCAUGCUCCAGGAUUAAAUCGAGCAAUCAUCAGCAUGAUCAACCAAAUGAUCCUCAUUAAAGCCAACGUGAUCAUCUUGUUUGCAGGUCAAUUUUAUGCUAGAGCGUUCUUUCAAGCAGCAGUUGAGGUAAAUGUCACAGGGAAAGUCUGGAUUUUAAGUGAGUCAUCUUUUGGAGUCAUAACUGCAUCAGCUAUACUGAAUGCUAAAACAACUGGCACUUUCCUGAGCAUUGGGGUCAAGCAGGGACAAAUGCCAGGUUUUGGGCAAUUUUUAAUGCAAUCUAUGGCUACUCAGAGCCUGGCAAGCGAUCAGAAUCAUUUAAUCUCAGUGAACGAAACAGAAAGCAGUAAAGUGAGCAGGAAAGAGAACUGUGCCCAGCUAUGCACUGAGUGUCAAUAUUUCACUCCGGCCAGUGUUCAGGCUGUGCUGGGAUCUUUGGUAUGGAGCAUUUCCUUUAACAUCUAUGCUGCCGUGUAUGCAGUGGCUCAUGCGCUGCAUCAGCUCCUGAGCUGCCACUCGGGAUCCUGUGACAAGUCCAGGACAUUCUUACAGUCUCAGUUGCUGGAGGGUUUGAAAAGAGUAAAUUUCACUCUUCACAAUCACCUGAUAUAUUUUGAUGAAAAUGGAAACCCUCCAAUGGGCUAUGAAAUCAUCUUGUGGGAUACACAAAAUGAAAGCAGCCCCAUGAAAAUGAUUGGAUCUUAUAAACCAAACCCAGGCCGACUGAUCAUCAAUGAAUCUCUAAUCAAAUGGAAUUCUCCACUAGAUUCGGUCCCAGUGUCAAAUUGCUCCAGGGAAUGUGAUCCAGGCCAGUGGAAAAAACGGGAUACCUUUCACAGCUGCUGCUUUGUCUGUAUUGACUGUCCUGCAGGAACCUUUGAAAUGAAUGAUGAAUGUGUGAACUGUUCCUUGCAGCAGUGGUCACCACAGAAGAGCUUUACCUGCUACGAUCGGGCUGUGAUUUACCUGUGGUGGGACAGCAAUAUUUCCAUUGCACUGUCAGUGAUGGCCAGUGCUGGACUUUUAGUAACGGCUGGUAUUACUCUGGUCUUUGUUGUUCACCUCAACACCCCAGUUGUUAAGGCAGCAGGAGGCAGACUGUGUUUCUUAAUGUUGUUCACCUUGGCUUCUGGUUGCUGCAGUGUGUUCCUCUUCAUUGGAGAGCCAAAUGAAGUGACCUGCAGAGUGAGGUGGCCUCUCUUUACUGUAAGCUUCACAGUCUGUCUGGCGUGUAUUUUUGUCAGAUCCUUUCAAAUAGUCUGUAUAUUUAAAAUGGCUACCAAGUUGCCUAAAGCCUAUGAUUACUGGGUCAAAUAUAGCGGACAGUAUGUGUUUGUGUUUGCAAGUACAUCUAUUUCGGCCAUUGACUGUUCUGUGUGGAUGGUCCAAGAACCAGAAGUGACAGUAUCUAAUUACAACCUUUCUCAAAAGGAAAUUUUCCCACUCUGCACUACUGACAACAAUAUCUCAAUUUUCCUGUCAGGCGUUCUGUACAAUGGGCUACUUGGUUGUCUCUGCUUUGUCUUUGCUUUCUUGGGAAAAGACUUGCCAAAGAAUUACAAUGAAGCAAAGUGUAUCUCUUUCAGCAUGGUGCUGUACAUUGCCUCCUGGUCUGGCUGCAUUCUUGUCAUCGUCUCAGGCUUCCAGCAGUACCUCCCUUUGGCCCAGGCUCUGGCUGCUCUGACCAGCUUGUUUGGAAUCCUGGUUGCUUAUUUCCUCCCUAAGUGUUACAUUAUUCUGUUCAAACCCCAGUGCAACACCACUGUAUUCUUCCAAAGUUGUAUCCAGGAUUACACCAAAAACAGAGAGGUUUAGAGUGACGAUGCUGUGGCUUUAAGGGGUGUGUUUUGUUCUGGUUCCUUUUAGAGAGAGACUGAGGGACAGGUAAUGAGCAGCCUAUGAAAAGGUAAACAACUUGUGAAGCCUUGGGGUUUUCUUAAUGUUGGAACAAUAGGGGCAGCCUGAAUGGGUAUGAUCAAACUCUUACAAAUCAAAGAUUUUAGGUUAGCUUUCGGCAGUUGCUGUUGUGGGCUUGAAGAAGUGGAAGCUAUUUUUCUCUCACUUGAUUACAGCCAAAAGCUGGAGGUUCAUUUCCUGGGCUGUUAGGUUAUAUGUGAGACAAAAUCUGUUUUCUGAAUUUGCCUUUUUGGC